UGGGGUGGCAUGUUCCAUGUGUCCCUGCCCUCCUGACAGCGUGGUUAAAGCUUCCACCAAGGCACAACACUCAGUAUGGUGCUCAACACUGGGACUGGGAUUCAGCUACUGUAGGCAAAUAGAGCAGAGGGAGAACAGAGAGGCCUCUGUGUGAGUGACAGACUGCAACAGCAUCAUGGACACAGAAUAUUCAAAGAGAAUCUACCAAGGCGUUCGAGUCAAGCACACAGUCAAAGACCUGCUGGCGGAGAAGAGAUCUCGACAGACGAAUGGGCCAAGAUACAGUGGGGGGUCGACCACUCCACCAUCCUUUGUUCAGAUGUCAGGGUCUCACAUGCUGCCCAGUUACUACAGCAUGAGGCGUCCCUUCAUCUCCGACUCAGACUUCUGUCCAUCCAACAAACAGUUCUCCCCUGAUGUCUAUUCGUCCACACUGGGGGGUAAACCUCUGGGGUGUGAGCCCUCCACAAUGACCAGCUAUCCCUCCCUCAUCGACAGCUACUACCCAGACACAUUCAGCGAUUAUCGCAGCGCCACAGCCUUCUCCAGCUCUGGAGGAUCCUUCCUGCCUUCUUCAGCACUCUCAUCCCUACUGCCCCCUUUCGGUGGAGAGUCCUCACAUUUAUUUCUGAGAGACCCAUGGGAGCAACCAGUUCCAGAACCAGUAUCCCAGGUGGAGGCUCUCUGUCCGGACAGCCUGGCCUCUGUCAGCGUCCCACCCUCCAUGCCAAGCCCCGAGCCCCCAGGCAGCCCCUCCCAGUACCGAUCCUCCAGCCGAGGCUCCUCAAUGGCCCCCAUUAGCCAGUCCUACACCCUGCACCCCCUGGAGGACGCCCAUUACCACCCCUUAACUACCAGCAGUUCAUACCCUGUCCCCUCCUCCACUUUCCCCUGUUCUCCUUACAUCAGCAGCCCUGUCAGCGACCUGGUGUCCAAGAUGGUGACAGAGGAGGGGGUCGAUGGCCACAGCAACCUCCCACCCAAUGGCGAGGCCCACCCCACUUGGGCUAAAGAGGAUGGGGUGAGCUCCUGGUCGCCUUACGAGAUCAGAAGAGCCUACUGACUGGACAGGGGAGGAGAUGGAGGUUUAACUGACUUUAAAACAAUCUAGGAGGAAGCAACAUGAAAGAACGCAGCUUCAUGAACUCAACAAGCACUUGACACUGCAGAGGGAACUUUUGACUGGAUUUUUUAAAAGUCAAAUUGCUGUGAAGUGUUUUGUUUCAAAGCAAAGAAAAAGCUCAAAUUGAUGGUAUGUGUGUGUAAUAACUGAUGUAGAUAUAGGUGUCCCGAUAAAAACCUGAGCUAAUAUAAGGUCCCACCCAUAGGUCCACUUUACAGUAGGACCACCCUUACAAUGCUUUUAUUCAAUAGGCUGUUAACACCUUAUAUUAUUUGUGUUUUUAUCCUUAAAAUUUCCAAUUUGAGGUCAACAUUUGACAGAUCAACUCAGUGCAUGUUUUAUCUGUCUGUUCCUUUAAAUCUCAGGUCUCAUCAGUGCCAAGAAACUAGGACAGGAAGGAUAAAGUGUCUUUAAAAUAGUAAUCUCUGAACAUUGCACUUCCUUCAGAACAUUAUAAAUACCAAAGAAUUACAAUCAUUAAAAGCAGUAAAUUGUAUUGUAACAUGAAAAACUCAUUUCCAAAACUUUUAUGCAUUACUACAUUGAUUUGUUAUACCAGUUGAAACAUUUUGAAUUAAACUGUGUUGCCUUACAAAUAAAUGUCAGACGUAGGUGACAGCAGGGGAGGUGUGACUGAUAUGAGUAAUCUGUUUCUCAGAAUAAUAUGGUCUGGAGAGACAAACCCCAAUAUUUAUCUGAAAUGAAUGAAAAUUCCAACUUAGCGUUUUGUUUAUUAUUAAUAAUAUCUUCCUUUCUUACACAUAUUUGUGUGUAUCUAUAUAAAUAUCAUUUAAAUAUUGGUGUUUUAUGUUUGACUCUGGAAUAAAAUGAACACAAAAAAGACUCAUGACUUGUUUC